GGUUUAGGGUUUAUGGCGAAUGGGCUGCUGCUGGGGAGCUCCUUCUACCGCCCAGCGCUUCCAAUCCCCAGCAGCAGCGGCAAUCGUCGAAGAUCCGGCACCAGGGCAGCACGAAUCAGGGGAUUGAAAGAUGGUUUUGCCAGAGAAUGGGGCGUGGGCGACGCGCCCGCCAAGGCCAGGUGUGGUUUCCCAGCGAUUUCUUUCAAGAGCGUGGCAUUGGAGAGGAUUUUCAAGGCCAGGGAGAUGGAUUCCAGCAAGGAAGUGAUGCUGUCAAGGUGGAAUUUUGCGAAGGUGGAGCUGAGCUCGACGCUUCCAGCAGCGAGGAGUUUUGGACUCCAGCAAGCUCGGCCUUUUCUUCUCGGCGGGUUUGUGGCUGGCUUGGCGAUGGCUGUCUCGACUAUCAUCUCUUCCUUGGCGAAGAGGGAGAGAGGAGUGGAAGUCCCAGCGCCAGCUCGAGCUUUCCAGGGGACAACGAUGGAAAAACUGGACUUUGACGAGGAGCUACUACACGUAGAAGCGGUUGCUACUCCUGCGAUGAGCGAGGAAGAGGAAGAAAGAAUCGCGAAGAUUCGAGACAUGGCAAGGCAGGCAACGAUGGAUGAGAGUAUUGGUGAUGAUGCUGCCGCUGAAGAGAGUUUACCUCCACCUCUUCGUCUUCCGGCCGCUGCUCGGGUACAGCUUUUGAGGAAGCAGAAUGGAGACGAACUCGACAGGAACACGCCGAAGCCAGAUUUCAUGGAUCUUUCUCGGCAACUCGAGCUCAUUCGAGAAUCAGACGCUUCUCAGCCAGGGUCGAGUGACAGUGAUGGAGCGGUGAUCAAUGGUCACGGGACUGGAAACGAGCUAAGUGGGCGACAUGAAACGAAUCAACGGGCUGGUGGUGAAAGCACAAGGUUUAUCACGACGUAUGAAGAAGCUCGCGAAGUUCUUCGUUCUGAUAAGCACGCAGAAUUUCCAGGCAGCGAUGGUGUGGUGAUAAAGGGCCAGGAGACUGGAAAAGAGCUUAGUGGGAGGACUGAAGAGAAGCAAGAGGCUAGUGCUAAGAGAACGAGGUUUAUCACGACGUAUGAACAAGCUUGCGAAGUUCUUCGGUCCGAUAAGCACGCGAAGGAAAACUCGCCACCUACAUCGUCACUCUCUCAGACUUCGUCCUCGCCACAGCGUGCGCCGAGCUCACAUACUCCACCAACAAGAGCCAGCAAUGAAAAUCUUUCGAGCGCUGAAGUUGCUGCUACACAACAUAUCUGGAAGAAGGACGAAGUGCUGCGGUGCAUUCUGCUCAAGGCCCAGGAGAACGAGCGAAGAGGAAAACCUUUGUUCCAUGGCAUGCCUCCUGACUCGAAAGAUAUUCUUUUCAAUGGACUGGAAACGGAGCUGGGGAGCGAAGCUGAACCGAUCAAGGCCUGGAUAAUGGAGCGCAUUUCUUCCGAUGCACAAAAAAAACAGAAAAAAUCUCAGGAGCAAGAGACUGACGAUUCUUUACCGACGAUUCCCGGGAGAAAGAAAGCUGAGUGGCAACCGGAUUGUAAUCCGCAAAAGACAGUCGUAACGGGCAGCAGUAGUGGCGCCGUGAAGCGUAAGCCAGUGAGCACCGAUCAACCAGACCUGAAGAAAACGAAGCAGCAGAGUAACAAGAAGAAAGUGUGGCCGAAAGAGAUACAACGGAGAUAUGACACGGAGACGGAUCCUAAAGUGCGAAAGCUUCUGAAGGAGAUUGGAAAGGACUUGGACGAAUGGUUAACCGAAGAGGAGGUGGAAGAAACGCUGAGACUCUUUUUCCAGGGACCUGACGGGCAGCGUGAGCUCUUACGUCGCUGGCACGCGGAGCUGAAAGAAGAGGCGAGGAAGCAGGGUGAAACUCUUGGCGACGAGGAGAUGAAACGCUUUGAGAAGAUGCAAGAGAAGUAUAAAACGCAGUCACUACAAAGUCUGGCCAGCAAGUACCGCGAUUCAAAACCUUCCAAGGCGGAUACUCUCUGGUGGCAUCAGUUGAGAUAUGUUGCGUGUAUACUGCUGCAGAAUGAGGAGCAGAAAGUUUCUCCUGGUCUCUAUUCUAUGAACAUGGCGUUGGAAGGCGAUUCCAGAGAGAAGCUACAUGUGGUUGGAUUCGAAGAUCAUAACGAGGCACUCAACUUUUGCCGCACUCUUGUACCUGAGAUCAACAAGCUUGGAGGAGCCACUGGUGCUCGAGUGAUUCCAUUCGAACCAAAGGAACUCCUUCGCGAAGCAAGCGAGUCUGGAUUCCAGGUGACAGUGCUCAAGAAGGGCCAUGUUGAAAACUACGCAGGAAAACCGCUUGAAGAGGUAGAGUAUAGAAUUCUCGAGAUUGGGAGGGAUGUUUACGUGCAGGAGAAGCUCCGGGAACGAUCCAUUGACGUAAAGUCGAUGAUGAAAGACCUUUGGAGCGACGAUUUUUAAAACAAAUGUAAGCUUUUACUGAGAGAUCUUUGUACUAUUUAGUGACAAGUGGUCAAUGUAAAAUAAUGAGCUUUCGUGAGCUCGUGUAACUC